CGAAAGAACUCAUUACGAGUCCCAUUCCAUAAUGAUUUUUCAAUGAUUGAACAUUUAUCACUAAUUUGUUAUCUUUGGGUUAACCCUCAUUAAAUACUACUAAUACUAAAUGUUUAUAGUACUCGGUGACAUCGUUGAUUUUACAGUGGAAAAUUAGACAACAUGAAGACUAUCCUUGUUGGAUGUGUGAUUUUUUUGAGUGUAGGAUUUACGAUAUGUGCCCCCAAUUUAGUGCUCACAACAGACCCUCCAAAGACACAUAACGAAACGAAAGAGGGUACUGAGAAACCACCAGAUCUCAUUAUUUAUGAAUUUGGUGUCAAAUCAAAUAUUUCUAAUCGAUAUUCAACCACAGUAAUAACAAGCAGAGUAAAAAAUCCAGAUGCUAAUUCAAAAGAAGCCGUUUUUUCCGUUGUUUUACCAGAAAAAGCAUAUAUUUCUGAAUUUGUUAUGGAAAUCAAAGGCAAAAAAUACAAGGCAUAUGUCAAAGAAAAGGAAGAGGCAAAGAAUAUUUAUGACAAGGCUGUGCAAAGUGGUCAAAGCGCAGGCUAUGUGGCAGUAAGUGCUAGAGACUCUAACAGAUUUACUGUAUCUGUCAAUGUCGAGGCAGAAACCAAAGCAGUAUUUUAUCUUACUUAUGAAGAACUCUUAGAGAGAAAAAACAAUAAGUACGAGUUGGUGUUAAAUAUUCAUCCUGGACAAAUUGUGAAAGAUUUACAUGUAGAGGUUAUCGUCAAUGAAACUAGGCCUUUGAAAUUCGUAAAAACGCCAUCGCUGCGUUCUGGAAACGAAAUAAGCAAAAACGACGAAACGUUAGAUCCAGGUUCAGUAGUAAAUAUUAUAAACUCAACUAGUGCAAUUGUAACCUUUAAACCUGAUAUCGAACAACAAAAGAAUUUCAUUAAAACUCUUGGCGGUAAAGAAAAUGAAGGUUUAACUGGACAGUUUGUUGUUCAAUACGACGUUGAAAGGGAUCCAUCUGGUGGUGAAGUACUACUUCACGAUGGCUAUUUUGUCCACUUUUUCGCACCAGAAAAUAUAAAACCUCUUACUGAACACAUCGUUUUCAUCUUGGAUACCAGUGGCAGCAUGUAUGGUACAAAAUUAAAACAGUUGAAAGAUGCAAUGGCGAGUAUUUUAAGCCAACUGAAAGAAGAUGAUACUUUCCACAUUAUUGAAUUUAAUACGUAUGUGUAUGUAUGGGAUAUAAAUAAUAAAGAAAAAAUUAAAGUCAACAUUACCGAUGAUGAUAAGCCUUUCGAAGAUGUAGUGAAAGCUGUACUUCCACCUGCAAUUCAAGCUACAAAAGAAAAUAUAGUGAAAGGAAAAGAGGUGAUAGAGAAACUUCAGGACGAAGGCAUAACAAAUAUGCUUUCUAGUUUAAUAACUGGUCUACAUUUAGCAAAAUCUACUUAUAAAAAUGAAUCUGAAAAGACACAUCAUCAGCCCAUUGUCAUCUUUUUGACAGACGGAGAUCCAACAGCUGGCAUCAUUAAUACAGAUGAAAUUACAAAUAUCACAACAGACUACAACUCCGGAGACAUCAAAGUCCCACUGUUUUCGCUCUCCUUUGGUGAUGAAGCAGACAAGUAUUUCCUUAGAAAAUUAUCCCUGAACAAUUUGGGAUUUUCGCGGCAUAUCUACGAAGCUGCUGAUGCCUCACUACAAUUACAAGAAUUCUAUAACGAAAUUUCUUCUCCCUUGUUAGCCAAUGUCCAUUUCAAAUAUGAUUCUGAGGUAAAGGCAGUUUCUAGGAAAGAUUUCCCAAUUUUUUUCAGAGGUUCGGAAUUGGUAACUGUAGGAAAAUAUGAAGGAACAUUCAGUGGUACAGUUGAAGGUUCUGGAAUUAACGGAACCAUCUCAGUGCCAACCAAAGUGGAAACACCAGUGUCUUCUCUUGAACGACUUUGGGCGUAUCUUACAGUGAAACAGAAGCUUGAAGACAGGGAAACUGUCGCAAAUAAAACACAACUUACAAAGGACGCGUUGGAUCUUGCUCUGAAAUACUCCUUUGUCACCGAUGUUAGUUCUUUGGUGGUGGUUAAACCCAACGAUACAAGCUCUGUUAAUACUGUAGAUGCAUCGAAUUCAGGAGGAGACACGUCGAGAGCUUCAGUUGUAGGUUUACGCUUCACCUACGAUGAUAUGGAUUAUGAUGAUGGAGGUUACAUGGGAUCCUUUGAGAGUUUUUCGACUUCAAUACCUCAAGCACUUACCAACGAUAUCAACGAUGAUGAUCCUAUGGAUAUAUUCACAGAUUUGCCUUGGUUGAAUGGAACUUUAACUGCAAAUAAGACACUUACCGUGUCAGGAAGAUCAUACGAAAUUGAGAGUAUUAAAGUAAUACCACCUGUAGAUUGUCCUGUGACACCAUUAAAUAACAAUAAAACUGGAGAUUGUGUAUUACUCAUGGAAUGUCCAGGAGUUUUCGCAUUUUUACCAACAUUUAAAGAUUACCAGAAAUAUUUCUGCUCUUUAGACAACAACAAAUAUGCUGGAGUGUGUUGUCCAAAACUAGUGCUUAGUUAAAAUUUUCUCUUUUAAGGUUUCAAACAAUAAGUGAGAAAAGGAAACAAAUUCAUUUGUGUUAAUUAAUUAAAAAUAACUACGAAACUAGAUUUUGCCCUAUUCAAAGCAGCACCAAAAAUGUAUGUCAAUGGUUUUUGACAAUAAGUUACAAAUAAAUGAUUAGUGUGACACCACGAUUAGUCCUGUCGCCAGGGGGGGUACAACGGCCUCCUGUAUUCAGAUGGACUUACCCAAGAUUUUUUUAUGUAUUUUGACCUGUAGAACACGAAUUUUUUGGGUAACAG